AUGAGAAUUCUGGUUGCUUUACCUCUUCCCCAACUCUUGGUAUUGUCAGUCUUUUUAAAAUCAGCUUGUCCAUGUCCAAAGUUUGUUAGGAUUUGAUUGGAUUUGCACUGAAUCUAAAGAUCAAUUUGGGAAGAUUUACUCUCAGUAAGAUUGAGCCAUCCAACCUGGUAUAUUUCAUAAUUUAAAUCUUCUAUUAUUUCCCUUUGCAUGGUUAAAUACUCUUUUUGUAAUUUUUUGUGUAUAGGUCAUAUAUGUCUUCAUUAAAUUUAUUCCUAAGUAUUUUACUUAUUUAAAAAAAUUUUUUAAUGUUUAUUUAAUUUUGAGAAAGAGAGAGAGAGAGAGAGUGCACGAGCAGGGGAGGGGCAGAGAGGGAGACACAAAUUCCGAAGCAGGCUCCAGGCUCUGAGCUGUCAGCACAGAGCCGGACGUGGGGCUUGAACUCAUGAACUGGGAAAUCAUGCCCUGAGCCAAAGUCAGCCGCUUAACCAACUGAGCCACUCAGGCACCCCUAAGUAUUUUAUUUUUGAUGAUAAGUAGUAGGUUUUUACUAGUUCAGUCUAUAAGGGAGGAUCUGAAACAGGUUAAACAAUAUUUUCAGAGUUGUCUACUUAUUGGUAGAAUUAGAAUAAUUAGUUACAAAACAAGAUAAAACAAACUAAAUAUGGCUUUUGAGAAAUGUCCACAUUUUAUUCAGAUGAAUUAGAUUAUUUGACAUUUUAUUACUUGAUGUCUUUCUAAGAAGUUACAUAUAUUUGUGGGCUUAUGCUUUUCCUUUCUUGUAAAUGUGGUUUUUUUUUAACUUCUAAGAAUUUUAUGAAUGUGGUAUUAUUUGAGUGACCCCUGAACUAUUCGUUUUUAGAUCCUGUCUUUCAAGGACAUGCCUCCUAUUUCAACUUCAUUUCUGGUAUAUGGCAGAUUUGGGGGAGGUUAGUGGCUAGGUUUUGGUGCCAUUUAUGUAGCCUUUAAAGAAUAUCAGAUGCCUGGUUGCCAAUAUUUGAGAUCUUACUUGAUUUUUGAGAUCAUUUCAGUUUCUUGCUGGUGAGGGGCCAGUUUGAAUCAUUCAUUUGAAUUCAUCUACCAUUUUUCUCAUUAACAAGUUACAUAGAUCUAUUUGGUGAUUUCUUAAUGUAAUUGUUCAUUUUACCUCUUUAACGAAUUUUAUGAAAAUUAGGUCAUUUUUAGAUAAGAUGUUAGGGCUAAGCUUCCUUGUCUCUUCAACUCAUACAUGAUGAGCUUUGCACAGUGAAAUGGUGAACAUUUCACAAAGGCCUUUUGGAUAAGGCAUGUCUACAUGCUGAAGGGGAAAGCUGUUAUGGACCAUAACUUUUAUACAAACUGAUCAGCUGCCAUCUGUGUACAAAGCACUGUGAUCAGCAGAGACCUGUUUGUGCCUCUGUGUAGACUGAUAGCAGCAGAUCAAUUUAGCUGAGCUGUUCUGUAGCAGUUGGGUCACGAGGACAUAGACACUACCAAAGUGUAGUCAUCAUCACAGCACUGUCCUUUGCUGGUUUAUAUUGUGGCAAGAGAGAAAAACUGCUUGCUCUCUUCACCCCAGUACAGCUGAGGUAAGAUCCACCUUUUUUCUCUUGAAGGGAUAAGCAAGACCAAAAGCAGCCUCUUUCAACUUUUCCCACGUUGUUUUGGUUUAAACGUAUGCUAGUUUUUUCCCAUGAUAAUCCCUCAAGCCAGGUAUACAAUUCAGCAUCCCUUUGGUGGAGAGCAAUGUGUAUAGUACAGCUUAGAUAAAUUCUAAUAACAAAAUUGCAUUGCUGAGCACAUCUAAACAUUUGACCUUGGAGACUCAUAGGAGUGCAGACAUUGCAGAUUUCCCUACUUGCCCUUGACUUACAAGAGGGUAGAUAAUGAAUUAAUAGAAAUUGAUAAAAAGAGCAUCUGUCAGGCAGCUGCUGAGGUCAUGAGGCUGGUAUGCGGAAACAGUGCCCAUACAACAUGCGUAACACAUAACUGCAGCCAGGAGGGGUGGGUGGGUCAUUGAAGCAGGAAAUUAGCCUUCAGAAGGAAUGUUGGCUUUCUGCACGAGCUACAGCCGCAUGGACUCACUGAGAGAAAACACACAGGGAAAUGGGGAGUGCUCAUUGCCGCAGAGAAAAGAGCUCAGAUAGAAGGUGGCAGUGCUACUGCUGUUAUUGGUGCUUCAAAGAUUUUGAAGACAGUGCAGUUUUGGCAAGCGUUCUGCAGGAAGCUUUAGGCGUGGCUGUGAAUGCAUUGUUUUAGAGCCUUCUGAAAUGAUUGUGGUGGACUAUAUGGAUGAAAAUGAAGAGUAUUUUCAGCGUCAAGCUUCUCAUCGACAAUCUCGAAGGAGAUUUAGAAAAAUCAACCAGAAAGGUGAAAGACAAACAAUUAUUGACACUGUGGAUCCUUAUCCUGUGGGCAAACCACCUUUGCCUCGAGGCUAUCAUACGGAAUGCACUAAAUCUCAGCUUCCUGCAGAUUUCACAAAACUACACCUUACUGAUAGUCUCCACCCACAGGUGACGCACGUUUCUUCUAGCCAUUCAGGAUGUAGUAUCACUAGUGAUUCUGGAAGCAGCAGUCUUUCUGAUAUCUAUCAGGCCACAGAAAGCGAGGCUGGUGAUAUGGACCUGAGUGGGUUGCCAGAAACAGCAGUGGAUUCUGAGGACGAUGAUGAUGAAGAAGACAUUGAGAGGGCAUCAGAUCCUCUGAUGAGCAGGGACAUUGUGAGAGACUGCCUAGAGAAGGAUCCAAUUGACAGGACAGAUGAUGACAUUGAACAACUCUUAGAAUUUAUGCACCAAUUGCCUGCUUUUGCCAAUAUGACUAUGUCAGUGAGACGAGAACUUUGUGCUGUUAUGGUGUUUGCAGUCGUGGAAAGAGCUGGGACCAUAGUGCUAAAUGAUGGUGAAGAGCUGGAUUCCUGGUCAGUGAUUCUGAAUGGUUCUGUGGAAGUAACUUAUCCAGAUGGAAAAGCAGAAAUAUUAUGUAUGGGAAAUAGUUUUGGUGUCUCUCCUACCAUGGACAAAGAAUACAUGAAAGGAGUAAUGAGAACAAAGGUGGAUGACUGCCAGUUUGUCUGCAUAGCCCAGCAAGAUUACUGCCGUAUUCUCAACCAAGUAGAAAAGAACAUGCAAAAAGUUGAGGAGGAAGGAGAAAUUGUUAUGGUAAAAGAACACCGAGAACUUGAUAGGACCGGAACAAGAAAGGGACACAUCGUCAUUAAGGGCACCUCAGAAAGAUUAACGAUGCAUUUGGUGGAAGAGCAUUCAGUGGUGGAUCCAACAUUCAUAGAAGACUUCCUGUUGACCUACAGGACUUUUCUUUCUAGCCCAAUGGAAGUGGGCAAAAAGUUAUUGGAGUGGUUUAAUGACCCGAGCCUCAGGGAUAAGGUUACACGGGUAGUAUUAUUGUGGGUGAAUAAUCACUUCAAUGACUUUGAAGGAGAUCCUGCGAUGACUCGAUUUCUAGAAGAAUUUGAAAAUAACCUGGAAAGAGAGAAAAUGGGCGGACAUCUAAGGCUGUUAAAUAUUGCAUGUGCGGCUAAAGCAAAAAGAAGAUUGAUGACAUUAACAAAACCAUCCCGAGAAGCUCCUUUGCCUUUUAUCUUACUUGGUGGCUCAGAGAAGGGAUUUGGAAUCUUUGUUGACAGUGUAGAUUCAGGUAGCAAAGCAACCGAAGCAGGCUUGAAACGAGGGGAUCAGAUAUUAGAAGUAAAUGGGCAAAACUUUGAAAAUAUUCAGCUGUCAAAAGCCAUGGAAAUUCUCAGAAAUAACACACAUUUAUCAAUCACUGUGAAAACCAAUUUAUUUGUAUUUAAAGAACUGCUAACAAGAUUGUCAGAAGAGAAAAGAAAUGGUGCCCCUCACCUUCCUAAAAUUGGAGACAUCAAAAAGGCCAGCCGCUACUCCAUUCCAGAUCUCGCUGUAGAUGUAGAACAGGUGAUAGGACUUGAAAAAGUAAAUAAAAAAAGUAAAGCUAACACCGUUGGAGGAAGAAACAAGCUAAAAAAGAUACUUGACAAGACUCGGAUCAGUAUCUUGCCACAGAAACCAUAUAAUGAUAUUGGGAUUGGUCAGUCUCAGGAUGACAGCAUAGUAGGAUUAAGGCAGACCAAGCACAUUCCAACGGCAUUGCCCGUCAGUGGAACCUUGUCCUCCAGUAAUCCCGAUUUAUUGCAGUCACAUCAUCGCAUUUUAGACUUCAGUACUACUCCUGACUUGCCAGAUCAAGUGUUAAGGGUUUUUAAAGCUGAUCAGCAAAGCCGAUACAUCAUGAUCAGUAAGGACACCACAGCGAAGGAAGUAGUCAUUCAGGCCAUCAGGGAGUUUGCUGUGACUGCCACUCCGGAUCAGUAUUCGCUGUGUGAGGUCUCUGUCACACCUGAGGGUGUAAUCAAACAAAGAAGACUCCCAGAUCAGCUUUCCAAACUUGCUGAUAGAAUUCAGCUGAGUGGAAGGUAUUACUUGAAAAACAACAUGGAGACAGAAACUCUUUGUUCAGAUGAAGAUGCUCAGGAGCUGUUGAGGGAGAGUCAAAUUUCCCUCCUGCAGCUCAGUACUGUUGAAGUGGCCACACAGCUCUCUAUGCGGAACUUUGAACUUUUCCGUAACAUUGAACCUACUGAAUACAUAGAUGAUUUAUUUAAACUCAAAUCAAAAACCAGCUGUGCCAACCUGAAGAAAUUUGAAGAAGUAAUUAACCAAGAAACAUUUUGGGUAGCAUCUGAAAUUCUGAGAGAGACAAACCAGCUGAAGAGGAUGAAGAUCAUUAAGCAUUUCAUCAAGAUAGCACUACACUGCAGGGAAUGCAAGAAUUUUAACUCAAUGUUUGCAAUCAUCAGUGGCCUAAAUUUGGCACCAGUGGCAAGACUACGAACCACCUGGGAAAAACUUCCCAAUAAAUACGAAAAGCUGUUUCAAGAUCUCCAAGACUUGUUUGAUCCCUCCAGAAACAUGGCAAAAUAUCGCAAUGUCCUCAACAGUCAAAACCUGCAGCCUCCCAUAAUCCCUCUAUUCCCAGUUAUCAAGAAGGAUCUCACAUUCCUUCAUGAAGGAAAUGACUCAAAAGUUGAUGGGCUAGUCAAUUUUGAGAAGCUAAGGAUGAUUGCAAAAGAAAUUCGUCAUGUUGGCCGAAUGGCUUCAGUUAACAUGGACCCUGCCCUCAUGUUCAGGACUCGGAAGAAGAAAUGGAGGAGUUUGGGGUCUCUCAGCCAGGGUAGUACAAAUGCAACAGUGCUAGACGUUGCUCAGACAGGUGGUCAUAAAAAGCGGGUACGUCGUAGUUCCUUUCUCAAUGCCAAAAAGCUUUACGAAGACGCCCAAAUGGCUCGAAAAGUCAAGCAGUACCUGUCCAAUUUGGAGCUAGAAAUGGAUGAGGAGAGUCUGCAGACCUUAUCACUGCAGUGUGAGCCAGCAACCAACACAUUGCCUAAGAAUCCUGGUGACAAAAAGCCGGUCAAGUCUGAGACCUCCCCAGUGGCUCCAAGGGCAGGGUCGCAACAGAAAGCACAAGCCCAGCCACAGCCCCAACAGCCACCGCCACCACAUAAAAUCAACCAAGGACUGCAGGUUCCUGCUGUGUCCCUUUAUCCCUCUCGAAAGAAAGUACCCGUAAAGGAUCUCCCACCUUUUGGCAUAUACUCUCCACAAGCUUUAAAGAAAAUUCUUUCUUUGUCUGAAGAAGGAAGUCUGGAGCGUCAUAAAAAACAAGCAGAAGACACUGUGUCAAACGCAUCUUCCCAGCUUUCUUCUCCUCCCACUUCUCCACAGAGUUCUCCAAGGAAAGGUGGCAGUGACAAUCAGCUGAGAUCUUUUGGCUCCGGGCAGUUGGACUUAACCAGUUCCUCCUCUUCUCUUGGAAGUGAGAACAGUAACAAGAAUAACAAUGCUCCACGGACCUAUGGGAUAGGCUACGCUCUGGCUCCCAGUGGUACUGUGGAUAAUUUCUCAGAUUCUGGUCACAGUGAGAUUUCUUCACGAUCCAGUAUUGUCAGCAAUUCUUCCUUUGACUCAGUGCCAGUCUCGCUGCAUGAUGAGAGGCGCCAGAGGCAUUCUGUCAGCAUUGUGGAGACAAACCUCGGUGUGGGCAGGAUGGAAAGGCGGACUGUGAUUGAACCAGACCAGUACAGCUUAGGGUCCUAUGCACCAAUGUCUGAGAGCCGAGGCUUGUAUGCUACAGCUACAGUAAUUUCUUCCCCAAGCACAGAGGAACUUUCCCAAGACCAAGGGGAUCGUGCGUCACUCGAUGCCGCCGACAGUGGCCGUGGGAGCUGGACGUCGUGCUCAAGUGGCUCACAUGAUAAUAUACAGACCAUUCAGCACCAGAGAAGCUGGGAAACACUUCCAUUUGGGCACACUCACUUUGAUUAUUCAGGGGAUCCUGCAGGUUUAUGGGCCUCAAGUAGCCAUAUGGACCAACUUAUGUUUUCUGAUCACAGCACAAAGUACAACAGGCAAAAUCAAAGUAGAGAGAGUCUUGAACAAGCCCAAUCCCGGGCAAGCUGGGCAUCUUCCACAGGAUACUGGGGAGAAGACUCGGAAGGUGACACAGGCACAAUAAAGCGAAGGGGUGGAAAAGAUGUUUCCAUUGAAGCCGAAAGCAGUAGCAUCACCUCUGUGACCACAGAAGAAGCCAAACCUGUUCCUACGCCGGCCCACAUAGCUGUGACGUCGAGUACUACAAAGGGACUUAUUGUGCGGAAGGAGGGCAGGUAUCGAGAGCCCCCGCCCACCCCUCCAGGCUACAUUGGAAUCCCCAUCACUGACUUUCCAGAAGGACAUUCCCAUCCUGCCAGGAAACCUCCGGACUACAACGUGGCACUUCAGAGAUCUCGGAUGGUCGCCCGACCCACCGACACAGCUGGGCCUUCGCCUGCACAGCAGACACACGGGCCUCCAGCGAGCGGCAGGCCAGUGAACAAACCGCAGUGGCAUAAGCCCAAUGAGUGUGACCCGCGCCUCGCCCCCUACCAGUCUCAAGGGUUUUCCACCGAGGAGGAUGAAGAUGAACAAGUAUCUGCUGUUUGAGGCACAGGCUUUUCUGGAUCCAGAGUUAGCCACCUAAAAGGAGAGCACAAGAAGACGUCCCUAGCAGUGGAGCCGUGGAACUCGCAUUCUGAGGAUGGUGGACCAGUUUGCCUCCUUCCCUGCCUUAAAAGCAGCAUGGGGCUUCUUCUCCCCUUCUUCCUUUCCCCUUUGCAUGUGAAAUACUGUGAAGAAAUUGCCCUGGCACUUUUCAGACUUUGUUGCUUGAAAUGCACAGUGCAGCAAUCUUCGAGCUCCCACUGUUGCUGCCUGCCACAUCACACAGUAUCAUUCCCAAUUCCAAGAUCAUCACAACAAGAUGAUUCACUCUGGCUGCACUUCUCAAUGCCUGGAAGGAUUUUUUUAAAUCUUCCUUUUAGAUUUCAAUCCAGUCCUAGCACUUGGUCUCAUUGGGAUAAUGAGAAAAGCUAGCCAUUGAACUACUUGGGGCCUUUAACCCAUCAAAGAAGACAAAGAAAAACAAUGAAAUCCUCUUGAGUACAGUGCUUUGUCCACUUGUUUACAAUGUCUUUUUUUUUUUUUUUUUUUUAAUGAAUUUAAAGAUUGUGUUCAGAGAGUAAAUGUUCUAUUCAUUUGAUGAUCACAGUAUUAUUUUGAACCUUUAAGUAGGGUUGCCAGCCUGGGUUUCUAAAAAACCAAAUAUGCCGGACAGGGUGUGGUCACACCAAGAAGAGGGAAGACCUGGCUUGCGACCCUGUCUUCCUGUGUCCUUCUGGCCUCACCCGUGAAGUGCCCUAUCCUGGAAGUAGAAGAUGUUAGCCAAUUACUUAGAUACCAAGACACCUCAUCCACUCCUUCCCCAGUGGGUGGGGUUCUUCUGUAAAACUGUUUGCACAUGGCCAGGGGAGGGAAAAAGGACUCUUGUGUCCUGUGUCUGAGCCUUAUGGAGUGCAGGACAGUGUCGUUUGAGGGCGUGUCCUGCUCCAUCGAGACGGAUGGCAAACCCCGUUUUUUUAAGUUAUGUUUCUUUGAUUUUUGUUAAAUUAGUUUUAGGGAUUUUUUUUUUUUUUUCAUUUUUAAAGAGAAACGUUUGUAACUGGAUAGCAUUGCAGUGAAAGCAGCUUGGGAUAUUGGAGCUAACGCCAGCUGUUAAUACUGCUCUUUCGAGACAGCCUCCCUGUACCGAACUGGCAUUAGGGAAUAAACAAGCCUUUAACGUGAUAGAGGAACAAAAGAUCAAAAACCUGAUUAGACAUGCCAGCCUUUGCGAGGUGGGUUAGUCACCAAAGACUAACCUGGAAGUGGCUUUAUGGACGCUGCAGAUAGAGAAGGCCUACGUGUAGCAACCACCUGCUCACAGCUGCUAUUAACCCUAUAGUGACUGAAAUGACCCCUCCACUCUAUUUUUGUGUUGUUUUUGCACAGACUCCGGAAAAGUGAAGGCUGCCAAUCCGAGUAGUACUCAAAUGUGAGGAACUGCUGGUCUUGGAUUUUUUUUCCAUUAAAUUCAGCUGAUCAUAUUGAUCAGUAGAUAAACGUAAAUAGCUUCAAAUUUUAAAAGUCAAAUUGCAGUGUUUUUUCACUGCAUCAAAACGAUGUCAGUGCUUUAUUUAAUAAAUCUCUUCUGUAUCAUGGCAUUUGUCUACUUGCUUAUAUAUUACAUUGUCAAUUAUGCAUUUGUAAUUUUCCAUGUAAUAGGCAUUAUUUGCCAGUUUUCUUAUAUAGGCUGUGGACCUCAUGUGCAGAUAGACAGACAGAAACCUAGCUCUACCACAAGUCGCACAAACGUUACCUAAGCAUUAAGUAAUUGUAGAACAUAGGACUGCUAAUCUCAGUUCGCUCUGUGAUGUCAAGUGCAGAAUGUACAAUUAACUGGUGAUUUCCUCAUACUUUUGAUACUACUUGUACCUGUAUGUCUUUUAGAAAGACAUUGGUGGAGUCUGUAUCCCUUUUGUAUUUUUAAUACAAUAAUUGUACAUAUUGGUUAUAUUUUUGUUGAAGAUGGUAGAAAUGUACUAUGUUUAUGCUUCUACAUCCAGUUUGUACAAGCUGGAAAAUAAAUAAAUAUAACAUAAA